UAAUUAUUUUCCCAAAAUUAUAAAAAGACAUACGAUACAGCUUACAACUACAAUUUUCUUAGUAUACCGACUUGGAAUAUAUAAUUUCUUAUAAUUGUGUCGCUAAUUUAUCAAUACGGUCAUGAUAUUAUAGUAUCCCCGCAUAAAAUCCUUCUUCGUCCAACCUUUCAGUACAUAAAAAUCAUUCACAAUGGAAAAAUAUUCGCAGUUUCGUGACAGAGGUAAGUACUACAUCCCACAUAACAUCUACUAAUAUAGACGGUCUCAACUAAUGCAUCAAUCACCAGGAUCUGGAAUCGCUCCGUUCUUCCCCGUCCAAACCCCAGGUGCCGGCAUAUAUGCGCCUGUCCACCUUUUCCUCUUCCUAUUCAAAUUACCAUUCUUCCUCACAGUAUCCACGACGUAUUUUCUCUUCCUACAAUGGUUUCCAUUGGGGUCACUACUCAAAAAAGCAAUAUUAUGGAUGAUACUUGGGAUACCGGGAGUGUGGUGGAUAGAUCUGCAGAUUGAUGGGGUAAAGAAAGGUUCAUUGGCAAAGAAACAUGAAGGAAGGGUACCUGAACCUUCGGAUAUUAUCGCAUCUUCUUUUACCUCACCUCUCGAUUCUUUAUAUCUGGCUGCCAUCUUCGAUCCUAUAUUCACAGUAUCUUACCCGCAUACCCAUCAAGUCCAUCAAAUUUCCCUCCUUGGCGCAAUCUUUCGCGCUCUCCAAAGUCCUCAAGAAUAUCCACCGAAAGGCGCGAAAAUGACGAAUUUAACCGCUCUACUCAAUCGCUACCCCGGAAGAGCCAUAGUAGUUUUCCCGGAAUGCACAACCACAAAUGGAAAAGGAAUAUUGCCCGUGAGCCCAAGUCUUUUGACAGCUCCCUCAGGAACCAAAAUCUUUCCAAUAAGUCUACGAUACUCGCCAUCAGAUAUUACCACACCCAUUCCGGGAAAGUACUGGUCAUUUUUCUGGAAUCUUCUCUCGAAACCUACUCACUGUAUUAAAGUCCGAAUCGCUGAGGUUGUAUACAACACCUCCAAGCUCGAUGGAGUCUCGGAAAAGAAGGAUAGUAAAUACCUGAAAAAUCUGCUCGAUAGUACGAACGAGGACAUUGCCCACACCAGCAGCACUGAUAGUCUAACAUCUAAAAACGAUCAAUUCGCGGAAACAACAACAGAGGAACAGCGUGUUUUGGACAAAGUUGGAGAAGCCUUGGCACGACUGGGACGAGUUAAACGUGUAGGAUUGACCGUUAAGGAUAAGAUUGCAUUUGUCAAUGCAUGGAAUAAGAAGAGAUAGUAGGGGAUAACAGAAGGGAUAUUGGAGACGUACAUCUAUGAAAACAAUCCAUACGGAAACCAUGACUUUAUGCAUUCGGAGGGGUUUAAUAGUCAAAAAAGGAGUCCGGGAUGAUAUCAAUUAUGGGAGCGAUUAGCAUAGUGUGCAGGCUCGAUAUUUAAUUUUCACAUACCAGUUUAUUCUUGAAGUCAAGCUGUCUAUCUUCACUAAGUAUUUGUUUCUGAGCAAAUUUUUAAUCCUCUUAAUGCAUUCCAG